AUGGAGUAUGUCAACUCGCUUGGGUCCAACCAGACACCUUCCACAGAAGCUGUGAGCCCUAUGACCCUGGAUUCUACGCCCGUGGAUUCUUCGCAGACCCCAGCCAAGGAUUUGACGAGGGAGUUUGACUCUGAGCCCUUGCCAGCCCCAAGCCGUCCAGAUGUCUGUAUGAUGCCAGUGGAAGCUGUGGCAGCCUCGGAAGCUGACAGCACCGCAGCGAACCCGCGCCAGCAGCUUCUUUUGGUGGAUUCGAAGAAGAGGCCAAAGCCUGCCGAUGGAGUGCCCAGUGAUGCUCACAACCAUGAAGGUGCUAAGCGUGAGAAGACCAGCCCCGAUGCUGUGGGUGAUUCUGCAGAUCGCAAGAAGUCCGACCUUGGAGCCGUUGAUGGCGCUUUGCCCAUCCCAGAAGGUAUGCCAGAGCAUGCUCUUCCUCAAGGCUAUCGCAAAGGCAGGCUUAGCUACACUAUUUCCAGCCCCACUAGCAAAGCUCGGGUGGAGGUUCUCCUCAAGCAAAGGGCGUUUCGCAUUGUCAAGAUUGGUGAGAAAGAUGGCUACUGGGAUCACUGA